UCCCCUUCCAUUUUCGCGGCGUGUUCCUCGUUGCGGUCCUGCAGAUUCUUUGCGUGACAGCCCGGGCACUGCAAAUCAGGGUGCAUCAUCGCAACGUACAGCCCGGGCCGCCAUGGCGCUCCUCGCCGUCGUCGCGCGCCUCCUCCUCGCCGCGGCCUCCCUCGCCGCGGCCCGCGCGGCCGGCGAGGCGUACUACAACCCCAGCGCGUGCCGGCCGUCCGUCCCGUGCGGCGGCAGCGUCGAGGUCCGCUACCCGUUCUUCCUCGCCAGCGCCGACAUGGCCAUCGACGCCGACGGGUACACCGCCCACUCCUACUGCGGGUACCCCGGCAUGGCGGUCGCCUGCGACGGCGGCCGCGCGACCCUGCGGCUCAAGGACAGCAACUACACCGUGCUGGCCAUCGACUACGACAAGCACACCGUGACGGUCGCCGACGCCGACGUGGUGGACGGCGGCGGCGGGUGCCCGCAGGUGAAACACAACGUCUCCGUGCCGGUGGAGGCCUGGCUCAACCUCUCGACCACCGCCAACGUCAACCUCGCCUUCUACUUCGGCUGCGCCUUCACGGCGGCCACCCCGCCGCCGCCGCCCAUCCCUCCGAUAAACUGCAGCGGCUUCCCGAAGCGGGACGGGGUGUCCUACGUGGCGGCGCUGAACGACGACGUGCCGCCCAAGGACCCGUGGCCGCGGGCGUGCAAGGAGGUGGUCGUCGCGCCGGUGCUCAAGGACCGGCUGGUGAGCUCUGAGUACCUCCCGCGCCUGAACAGCGACGGGUACGGCGAGCUGCUGAAGCGGGGGUUCCAGCUGACCUGGGACCCGAGCGCCGGGCCGUGCUUCGUCUGCGAGGACUCCGGCGGGCAGUGCAGCUACAACCAGAGAGGCGAGUUCACCGGCUGCUUGUGUUCCGACGGGGGUGUGCGCAGCACGGAAUGUGGUCAUAAAUCUGGAUCCCCGAGGUCAGAGAAGAAGAAAAUCACAGCAUAUAUAGUACCAGCCGUGACGGGUGCAGUUUUACUGUCGGUGCUCCUUUCAGUGUGUGCUCUGUAUCGUAAUAAAUUUCAGGGCACAACGUUUUGGAAAGAGGCAUCGAAGCAUGCUCCAAACAUUGAAUCUUUCUUGCAAAAGCAUGAAGCUCGGAACCCAAAGAGAUAUACUUAUUCAGAAGUGAGAAGAAUGACCAAAUCCUUCGCACACAAGCUAGGCCAAGGAGGCUUUGGUGCUGUUUACAAGGGCAGCUUGCCAAAUGGGCGUGAAGUAGCAGUGAAGCUUCUCAAGAGCUCCAAGGAUGAUGGCCAGGAGUUCAUGAAUGAGGUAGCAAGCAUCAUGAGAACUUCUCAUGUUAAUGUUGUGGCUCUGCUAGGGUAUUGUCUCCAAGGAUCCAAAAGAGCUCUGGUUUAUGAAUACAUGCCUAAUGGUUCACUUGAAAGAUUUGCUUUUGGGCAAAACUCCAAAGGAGGCAACUCACUAAGUUGGGAGAAGUUAUUUGAUAUUACUGUUGGCAUUGCUCGUGGACUUGAAUAUCUUCAUCGAGGCUGCAGUACCCGCAUCGUGCAUUUUGACAUUAAACCGCACAAUAUUUUACUGGACCAAGAUUUCUGUCCAAAGAUCUCCGACUUUGGAUUGGCAAAAUUCUGUUUGAAAAAAGAGAGUAUUAUCUCGAUUGACGGUGCAAGGGGAACCAUCGGCUAUAUUGCCCCAGAGGUUUUCUCACAGCAAUUUGGAGAGGUGAGUAGCAAGUCUGAUGUGUAUAGUUAUGGGAUGAUGGUCCUUGAGACGGUUGGAGCAAGGAAGAAUAUCAAUAAUAAUUCAGAGACCAGUAGCAAAUAUUUUCCUCAAUGGGUUUAUGAACAUUUGGAUGAAUACUGUGUCAAUGCCGGUGAGAUCAUUGAUACCGAGCUUGUUAGAAAGCUGAUAGUAGUUGGAUUGUGGUGCAUACAGCUGCAGCCUAACAAUAGGCCUUCAAUGACUAGAGUGGUUGAAAUGUUAGUAAGCAGGGCAAAUGAGCUAGAAAUUCCGCCACAAAAUCUCUUUUGUUGAAAACUUCAUUUUCUUCGUUUAAAAAAAACUUCAUUUUCCGUCUGUAUCUGUGUACCAUGCAUGUAACUGAAACUCCAUCAAGAUUGCAAAUGCGAUAUGUGCUCUCAAAUAUGCCUGGAACUACGACAA